GUGCCAAAAACCAAGUCACAUUUAAGAGGGUGAUCAAGAGAGAUGAUAUCGCCAUUAUAAAUUUACACAUUUUACCUUUUGUUUUUAAUAUUUCUUCAUUUGUAGAUCUUUAAAAAUAAGGCCGAGAGAGGGAGCAAAAAGGACAGAAGGGGAAAAAGCUAUUUGUUUCUACCACAGAAGAACUGCUAUAGCAGAUUGAGCUUUCUGUACUUGUGAAAUGACACGCUCCUUGCAACAGUUGCUUCAAGACUACAUAGCAAAGCAGCGCAUUCACAAAAACCGUCUGGUAACCAAGGAUGGACACUGCAACAUUGAAUAUGGCAACAUGAGGUACAGCAGUCGCUUUGCAUAUGUGCAGGAUUUCUGGACAACCUUUGUGGCGAUACGGUGGCGUUUCAUCAUUUUAUUAUUUGUGGCCUCCUUCACUCUUAGCUGGUUCAUUUUUGGACUCAUUUGGUACUGGAUUGCUCAUGAUAAUGGUGAUCUUUGGUGGCAAAAUCCACCUUCAGAUCACAAACCAUGUAUAUAUAAUGUUUUUGGUUUAACAACUGCCUUCCUUUACUCACUUGAAACACAGAUGACUAUUGGUUAUGGAAUGCGAGUGCUCAGUCCAUACUGCCCUGGUGCUGUUGCCCUAAUAAUUAUCCAGUCCAUCAUUGGGUUAUUUAUAAACUGCUUCUGGUGUGGACUGGUUAUGGCCAAAAUUACUUUACCCAAGAAAAGAGCCAAGACCAUUACUUUUAGCAAAAUGGCAGUUAUUUGCCCCAAAAAUGAUGCCCUCUGUUUGCAAAUAAGAGUGGCCAACUUGCGCAGGACAUUAAUGAUUGGAAGCCAGCUAUAUGGCAAGAUGCUUAGGACAACAGUCACUCCAGAAGGUGAGACCAUCAUUCUGGACCAGGUCAAUAUAGAUUUUAUGGUUGAUGCUGGAAAGGACAACCUCUUCUUCAUUUGCCCUUUGACUUUGUAUCAUGUAAUUGAUAAGACAAGUCCAUUUUUUAAAUUUGAUCUGGACACACUUCUCCAACAAGAGUUUGAGCUUGUGGUAUUUUUGGAUGGCAUAGAUGAAUCCACCAGCUCCUCCUGCCAAGUCAGAACUUCUUACAUCCCACAGGAGAUUAAGUGGGGUUACAAUUUCCUCCCCAUCAUUUCCCGCAGUAAAGAAGGGAAAUAUCAUGUGGACUUCUCCAAUUUUGACAAAGUGGAGCCAAUUUCAACUGCACACUGUGCUCGCUGCUUCUACAAUGGGCAAAGCCAGCAUCACAGCCCUAAAAAUGGCAUUGACAAUACAGGGUUUGACAUGAUUGAAGUUGAUGAUCGAAUCAGUAGUACUAAUAUGUAAGAAAGCACCAGAUAGAUAGAUAGAUAGAUAGAUAGAUAGAUAGAUAGAUAGAUAGAUAGAUAGAUAGAUAGAUAGAUAUAGAUAGGUACAUUUUGUAUUUGUAUAAUAGAUUCAUUAUGCUUUACACCAUAAAUUAUAUCAAUCAAUGGAAAAUAGAACGCUAAGGCACAUUUCAGGUAGUGUUAAGAUUUAAGCUGUAAAAAGAUUGCCUAAAUAUAUGCCAUAGGUUUCCUUUUUAAGUACAAUAUCUCAGACUUAAGAAAUUGUUUGCAUCAUGAUCCAUUCUGACUAUUUGCAGCAUAUAAUAAAUAAAAAGCUGUGCAUUAGGAAACAAAAACAUUUGGUUAACUUUCACUGGUAUUACUCAAAGGGAUGUGUCUAAAACACAGUGCUUUUCUCAAUGUGCCCUAAUUUUAUUUCCAGAUACCAAAUGACCUGGCAACUAGUUAGCUAGUUAACCUAAAUAGCUAAAAAAAAAAUGAUUUUUAAAUAAUCUAAUCAAGCUCAAUCUUAGUAGUGCUAAGACAUACACCUCUCGGUUUCUGUCUGUGUGGAGCUUCAAAGUUUCUCCUCGUGUUUGUAUGUGUUCCUUUAGGUUUAUACCAGGUGUAGCUUUGUUCCCAGAGUUUCAAGGAUAGGUUCAGGCUCCACUGUGAUAUUAUACUUCAUGUUUGCUCUUUUGAUUGUAUAUAUUGUGUUUCUGUAUUGAAUGUUAUUAGUAAAUUUGGGACAUUGUUUAAAAGAUGUAUUCAUAGUAAUGGGGACUUUGUCAUUCUAUCAAAUAAUUUUAUUUUAUUAUGCAAU